AGAGUUGAGUAGCCUACUUUCCCCUCAUCAGUUUGAGUUUACUCGGUUCCUCAGAGAGACAGUUACAGGUGCGGGACAGGAGACAGGAGUAUCCGAGUCAGUCGAGUGUAUUGCUAACUGUUGCUCAGCUUGCCAUUUAAGUGACAACUAUGGCAAACUCGGGCGUUCAGUUGCUGGGGUUUGGUCUGUCUCUGGUGGGCAUCAUCGGGCUGAUCGUGGGCACCGUCCUGCCGCAGUGGAAGAUGUCCGCGUAUGUGGGGGACAGUAUCAUCACGGCGGUCGCCACUUACCAGGGGCUGUGGAUGUCCUGCGCGUUUCAGAGCACCGGGCAGCUUCAGUGCAAAAUAUACGACUCCAUUCUACAACUAGACAGUGAUCUUCAAGCGACCCGCGCCCUGAUGAUCGUGGGCAUCAUCGUGUCCAUCAGCGGCCUCGGCGUCGCCUGCAUGGGCAUGAAGUGCACCACCUGUGGAGCGGAUGAUAAAGUGCGCAAGUCUCGCACGGCCGUGACGGGAGGCAUCAUACUGCUAGUGGGAGCCCUGUGCGCAGUGGUCGCCUGCUCCUGGUUCGCCCACAACGUGAUCCGAGCUUUCUACAACCCCUUCACUCCAGUCAACACCAAGUUUGAGUUUGGAGCCGCCAUUUUCAUAGCGUGGGGCGGCUCAUUUCUCGAUGUUCUCGGCGGAGCCAUGCUGGCCGCCUCCUGCACUCGAAGCAAACAAGUGUCCAAAUAUCCCCAAAGCAACUGCGCACGCACUGCCAGCAACAGCAGCAACAAAGAGUACGUGUGAGCAACACACACACACACUGAGACGCUUCAGAAGCUCAAGAGUUGCUCAAACUGAGAAGCAAAGCCGUUUACAAUAAUGUCCCAUAAUAAAAAAUAAAAAAGGCAAUCAGUUGUCCAGAAGUUCAAAUAAAAAAUAGAUAAUAUAUUUUGUUUUCUCUAUGAGAAGAGAGAGGAAAUGUCUGGAUGGUGGAUCAUAACUGUUGUCCACUAGGGAGCGCUGUAACACACACACUGAGCUGGUGUGAGUCGCCCAAAAUGGAGGGAGAUUUUCAAGAUUUGCUUGUUUUGUGGAGUAUUUAUCCUAUAGCAGCUGAAAUGCUAACAUUAUUAAUA